AUGAACAACAGUAGUACGAUAAACAAUGGUACGCAGGAUUUUCCAUCAGAGUGUCAUUAUCCAUCGUCAACACCAGUGCUUCAAUGGAUAAAGAACGUUGUGUACCUGUUCAUUCUCCUUUUAGCCUUAUUUGGAAACGCAUCAGUCAUGUGGAUAGUAUACAAGCAAAGGCGCAUGCACACAGCAACAAACUACCUUAUAGUCAAUAUGGCGGUAAGCUGAACUUUAUUCUUUGAGCUGUAAGCGCUUAACAUUUUUUAAAGAAAAUUUAACUGUUGAGGAUGAUAUCUGUUGUAAAGCCCCGGUAGACGAGGUCCAGCUGAAGAGUUGUUAGAUGUGAUCUAUUGGGUUCGUUCAACUGAUGACCCUCCGAUUACUCAUUGCUGUCAUUGAUUAAUCAUUAGCUACGUCAGGUGUACCUUGCCACGAUCCACUAACAUUUUGACGCCAGGUAAAAUAUAAGAUAUUUUUCAGGCUGGAUAAUGUGGUCUGAAUUUUUUCUCUUAUUUAUGUGCUGCGGUGUUUCUAGAUAGCACUUCCCACUCCGUAGCCAUGGUUCUUUCUCUUCAGCUGUCCCCUUACUCCUCAUCAAUGGAGACUGCUACCGCUUAUCAAUCUGCUUUGACUUUUCAUCCCAUCUGAUGCCUUCCCUGACACCUUAUCUUUAAUGGUUCACUGUAGAGUAGCCUGUUAGAUGCUUCGUUGGUGUCUUACGGACCAUUUGUGGCAGCCAAGUUAGCCGUUUACUUUGAAGAAGAUAAGUGAAUGGGAGCUGAGCACUAGUCUUUUCCUGAACACUUCUUCAUUUGUUACUUUUUCACGGCAGAUCACAACUAGGAAGAAGACUUUUCUCUUCCUCCACGUAGAGUUUCAUGUUUACUCUCCAUUUAGUACUAGUUAUAUUAUGAUUACUAAAGCCUUGCAUGUCCCAAUGUUGGUGGAAGGCUGAUUUCUUUCUCGUUGUGAUAGACGUAGGUAGAAUCAGCAUUUGCUGUAUCCCAUUUGAAAAAACAAAGCUCUUAGCCAGGUCUCCAUCAUUCGCCAUUGUACUAUCAUGACGAUAGAUUAGCCUGUAUACAUUUUAAAUUUCAGAUGUUGCUACCAAUGGCCAUAAAAAGUUGCCCAGAGCCUCUGUUUCAAAGCGAGGUUAAUUGCCAAGCCAUUGAUAUGAAAGUGAUUUUUUAUUCUCAUGUAAAUAAAACUCAUUUUCACAAGAACGGUUUUGCACUUAGCCUCGUUUUUUGAGAGUUUUUUGAACUCGGAAAUAGGCUAUCAUUUUGUGAUGUUCCACAUGGCAAUACGGACAUGAAUUUUGUCAAUUUCGGUAAGGCCCAUUUACCCUUUUUAUUUUAUUUUGGUUCGUACUCCUUCAACCGCUCGUCAGCGAUGAGUGUAAUUGUCUUCAGCAAAAUCCAGGUCACAUAUAAACUCUCUGGCCAUCUACAUUCAUUCAUUUGGAUCCUUCAUAAGCAAUGGAAUGUCGACUAUCUUACAAAAAAUGCAGUGAGCUCUAAACAGUCUCCAAGGAGAUUCCCUGUGAAAACCUUAAGUUGUUCCACCCCUUCAAUCAGUAACACUGCACGACUCCGCCCUCAAAACAUCUUUAGUUUUGAUUUGUUCUGCAUUUUGAAUCCGUCAAUGUUAGUGAAACUUGGUGCAAAUCGAGUCAAAAUAAUAAUUAACACAAAAAGUGUAGCCCGUUUACCACUAGUUAUCUCGACACUUUUCUUGGUAGCUUGGAGAUCUUUUCAUGGCCAUCUUCAGUAUGAUACCCACCACUAUCAGUAUGUUCCGUGGCAUCCACUCAUGGGUGAAUGAUGGUCUUUUUGGACAAAUUUCCUGCAAACUUCUUCUCCUCUCACAAGGAUCAUCGAUGGCCUGCUCAAUUAUCACUCUUACGGCCUUGGCCUUUGAGAGGUACUUUGCUGUGGUUUUUCCCUUGUUGAACGUCUUGUCCACAAGAAAAACACGAUGGACAGUAGCUCUUGUUUGGAUAGCCUCGUUUACAUACGCAUCACCAAUAAUUUACGCUGGAAAGGUACGACUUUAUGAAGGUGUCCCUUUUUGCAUUGAAGAAUGGGCCCCUGCGUUUGAUCCUAAAAGAGCUCCAGAGAUUUACACCAUCGUUUCCUUUGUGUUACUGUAUGCAUUACCACUUUCAGUGAUUUCAGUUUUGUACUCAAUCAUAAUCGCCAAAGUUUGGGCAAGGCACAUUCCAGGCAACGCAACUCCUGCAAACGUUCGUCUCCUGAAUAAAUCCAAGAAAGACGUGUUGAAGAUGUUGAUGACAGUGGUUCUUGCCUUUGCACUGUGUUGGUUUUUGAUGUACCUCAACUUAUUUUUGAAAGACUUCAGCGACAUUUUCGGUCCUUGUGGAAUUCCAGUGGGUAUGCAGACCACCGGGUUUUUGUUUGGUCAUGCAAACAGUGCCAUCAACUGCUGCAUAUAUGUUAUUUUCAGUCAGGAAUUCAGACGCGGAUUUAAAGAUCUGGCAACCCCUUUCUUUCGGAAAAGAUCGACCUUGCCUCUGGAAAAUACACGAGGCGCCACACUUGAUACGACUAGAAAUAGUCAGAAAAGCUCUCUCAAGCCACAGUCUUUCAAAGUUAUCGAAAACACUAGAGUUUAG